AAAGUUGUGUAGGUGAAUUUCGCGUCCUUCCGCGCAUGUCAAUAAUCCUCACUAUAUAUUUGGUUUUCCUUGUUUGUGGGUCUUCCGCGAGGUCGCUCUUCAAAUUUCCUGUGUAUCAAUAUAAACGCAAAGCCACAAACGAACAGUUGUUUCAGAAAGUUGCCACAAACUGUAGUGAUACUUGCCCACUAGAACACAAUAGCUCUUCACUCGAACAUACUAAAUGUGUUCGUCUUUGUAUGAGCAGAAGCUGCUACAACUCACUUUAUGGCUUUGAUGAACUAGAGGAAGGUGAAAUUGACGUCAGAUUCUCAUCGUUUAAAGGUUGUGUUCUGCAAAAACUGAAAGAGAAGGGUUUUCGUGUAAUAUAAGUAAGUGUUGUUGGUACCGAACAUCAUUAUAAACUUAUUUAUCUUCUCGUUUCAUGCUAAAUACGCAUUCGACGUCUAUUGUGGUAGUUUAAACAAACAAAUCUUUCGUUACCAGCCGAAAAAUCUUUAUAUGAGCUCAUCGCCAAAAAUGGCAAAUAUAAGGGCCCAUUUUAUAUAACAUGUUAGUGAUGUUGAGUGCCGGUAUACCGGCAUGAAAUUUACAGAUUUCAUAGAUACCUAAUAAUAUCACUUGGUAAGGUUUGUCAAAAUUAUUUGACGUUUCUAUGUGUGAUUAUAAUUUAUGGACAACCUUUGAUGGACACCAAAGUGACUGUAAGAAUGAUUAGUGUUAUGCAUUUGCAUUGGGACUUACAGUCGAACGUCAGGGUUAGGAAUUAGAUUCGGACUUUUCGUCACCAACUGACACCACCUAUAUUGCCGAAAUGCUAUUUAUCCAGUAUUAAUAAAUAGAUUUCUCGCCGAAAUCAACAACCUGUUGUCUUAAAUCUGAUUGGUUCUACCAUAAAUCAUAUUAUCGCCUAGUUCUAAAACGACAUUUAAAUAAGGAUAGCUGUUCACUUUCCAGAGAAAUGGACAACAAACCUACGUCGAUAAGAUCAUCUUUGCCUACUGCUACUAAUUCGACAGUUAACUAUCAUGAAGUAUUCAGUGAGUUGGUUCCGGUGCUGACUCAGUGUUUUGGUGUAAUUCUCUUGGGUUAUAUCGCUGGCCUCCUGAAAAUUUUUUCAGAACCCCAAGCUAAGGGACUUAACCUCUAUGUCACUAGAUUCGCUUUGCCCAUUGUAUUUUUUCGCGCCAUGGUAACAAUUAAUUUUUCUGGUGUCUGUUGGUCUUUCGUCAUGGCUAUAUCUAUCAGUAAAUUGAUCGGUUUUAUAAUGGCAAUUACGUUCACGUAUUUAAUCAGUCGACGUUUUCAUCUGGGCAUAGCUGCUAUUGUUGCUAUGUUUGUAUCGCAGACCAAUGAUGUAGCAUUAGCUUAUCCUAUACUCUAUGCUCUUUUCCCUGAUUUGGCUAGUUAUAUUUAUUUAUUUGCGCCAAUCCAACUGAUUGUUCUUAAUCCAUUCGCUUAUUUUCUAUUGGAGCUAGAACGAGUCAGACUAACUAAUAGUGAGCUUAAACCGUUAAUUCAUAGUGAAGAUAGUGAUAUUGAUAGAAGACAAUUAAUAGAUGGUAAAAGCUCGAAUUCAGUCCCAUCAUGUGGUCGAUGCCAACAAUUGACACAGGUUAUGUUCAAUGUUCUCAAGAAUCCUUUAAUUUUCAUGACUUUAAUUGGUAUCAUUUUUAAUCUUAUAUUGAAGCACCAUUUACCAGUGUAUAUAAAUGGCUUGCUCAGUGUUAUAGCUGACUCCUUCAGUGCGACUGCUUUAUUUUCACUCGGUUAUAGUAUGGUUGGCAAAAUGUCUACUAUCACUCAAAGAGAAGUUUACAUUUUGACAACAAUCCUAUUGACAAAACUUUUGAUUGUUCCUUUUAUUACACGUGAACUUGUUGUUCAAAUGAUGCCUAUUGCAUUGGCUAAUGAAACAUUACGUUAUUCUACAUUUGGUUUCUUGUAUGGUACUACACCGACAGCCCCACCUGUGUUCUUAUUUGCUGCUGAAUAUCAAGUUAUACCUGUGGCCAUCGGUGUUGGUCUUGUCUUGGGAACAUUCCUAUGUGCGCCGAUUAUGUUUAUUUUUGCACGUAUUAUUACAUUGUACAACGCAGAACCAAGUGAUUAUGCAAGUAUACUCGGUACAACUGUUGAAGAUAUUUCUUGGAUUAGUAUUGUAUGCUGUAUUUGGACAUUGGGCGUACUUUGUGUUAGUCGAAAAGCUAUUCGAGUUCCUAAUCGAUUCACAUUAUGUCAUUUAAUUUGUGUGCUAUUCACUUGUACUGGAUUAUUACUUGGUCGUUUCGUAAAUUAUUAUUAUUAUGGUAUUGAAGAAAGUGUAAACGGUGGAAAAUUGAGUCAACCAAUACGUUGGUUAAAUUACUUGCAUUUUGCAAUAUUCUUUUUUGGUUCUACGGGUACACGUUGUUGGACCACAUUAAUCGCAUUAGUUCUUGUCAUGGAACGUGCACGUAGUCUAUGCUUUGUAUUACGAUAUCAAUUACAUAUUUACUUAGCUGGCUUCUUAACACCUGCAGUUGUCACUGGCCUACUACUGUUAACAUCAUUUGGUCAUAUGGUGAAAGAUAUCGAUCCGAUUUUUCAAUGUGGUACUAAUCAACUGAUUAUAUCAAUCAUAGUUUUGAUAGUUAAUGCAUCUGGUACUUUAGCCUGUUUAAUCAGUUUUAUACGAAUCGAUGUUCCUGUGCAAGAUUGUUAUGAGAUUAAAGCAUCACCAGAUGUAGCAGAAGGAAUAUGUCGUUCACAACUUUGUCGAAAUUUUAACGAUUUUGACAAAAAUGAUACCGAUCAAACACAACAGUCUCAACAAACUUCUCCGAGUAAUUCAAUCAUUACAGACAAUUAUCGAAUCACUAGAAACAGUGAUGAUUCCGAGUUACUAAGUUGUAGAAAUCCACAAAUUCCACAGUCAUGUGAUUCUGCGAAAUUCUGUAAUCAAUGUGAUAAGAAACAACGAAAAGAAUGUGCCAAAAUUCUUGCACGAUAUUGUGAAACACAUCAACCUUCCAUGAUAUCGUCAACAUCAGCUACGCAUCCAAUAAAUCAACAAAUUUCUUUAGGACUUGAGUUGGAUAAUGUUCAUGCCCAGGGAAACAAUAAACCUCCACAUCAUAAACAUGUGAUAUUCUUAAUAUUAAUAUUAGUUACAAUGUUUCUUGGUAUUUGUCUGUGUACUUGGAGGCUUGUACAUGAUGCUCCAACAGGUGUUUACAUAGUUCUCGAAUUUUUGGAUGGUUCUUUUAAUUUUGGUCAAGGUGUAGUUUUAUUUGUAUUAUUUGGCCUGGAUGCAGAUUUGUUUAUUGCACCGAUAAAACGUUUUUUAUCACGUUGGUUUAGUCAUUUCACCAGUAAACAAUUCAAUGGAAGUUUUAAUGAAGCUUUGCAUCAGACAACUGUUGAUAAGAGUAAAAUUGAUAAAAUAGUGAAUCAGUUUGUGAAAUUUCAUUUAAAAUCAUGUUCAACAAAUAUUGGUACUGGGAAAAUAAUUAAUUCAAUUCACUACGAACAAAUAUUUUAUCAGUACACCCUGGAACAAUGGUUAAUUGCCGCCGGUAUCACUGAUUCCAAUGAAGAGACAUUAUGUUAUAUAGAAUGCCUUGAAUUAGGUAAUAUUAUAACGUGUAUCAGUCCUAUGACAAAUGAAUCAUUUAUGAAUAAAGAUACAACGACUACAAUAUCAAAUACAAAACGCUUGUUAACAUUCACUGCUUAUGCUUGGGGUUUACAUAAUAUAAGUUACUAAAGAAAUUAAUUAUAAUUCAUAGCAGAAACUAUAAUAGUGUUACAUUUUUUCUUGCCUACAUUAUAUAUCUGUUACAAAUAAACAAUAGCUUUCAUAGUUAUCAGAUCAUUGACUGUUCUUGACCAUUACUUACUUACAACAUGUUCAAGCUCACUUGUCUUUCAAUGAUCAUGAGAUGUGUUUUUAUUUGCUUUUCAUAUUCUAAUCCCGAUGGGUUGACGACCAGGAGAGGAAGGAAAAGUAACAUCUUCUUUCAAUAUAACAACUUCAUAGUCUAACAAAACACAGUGAUAGUUGUUUAUUCCAGCUUUUUUUCUUUCCAAUAUCAUUCCAAUGUUUGUGUAUUUUCUUCCCUGAUCAUUGACAAACUGAGAUUACCCAUCUAUUCUUGUCAUGUUGAACUUUUGUGCUUUUUUUCGUUUGUUUUGUUUUAAAAUUUGUUGUAGCUGUUACCGCUUUUCUAGUCUACACUUUUUUGGUUGCAUCUUUGUAUUUAUGCUUGUUGACUGCUGUCUGUUUUAACACUGAUAAUAAUUGGUUAAUUAAAACAAUAAUUGUUUAGUUUAACUAAGCUAUCUAUCUAAU